UUUACAAAUUAUAUGUUUUAUUUAGAAAAUUUAACAAAUAAUUAAAGAUGUUAUGAGUGGAACAAGUUCACGAUACACUGUUAUUCCAAAACAGUGUUUAGAUGUUUGGGUAGAGUCUAUUGGCAUUUCCAAGCUUAAUGAUGAGAUUUGUGGGAACCUUGCUGAAGAUGCAACUUAUAGAAUUAGAGAGACUGUUCAUAAUGCUGUUAUGUUUAUGAAGCACGCAAAACGUACAUGUUUGACAACUGAAGAUUUUAACAAUGCUUUAAAAGAAAUGAACACUGAAAUAAUCUAUGGACAUGGAGAUGCUGAAGCUCUUAUUUAUAAAGCUAUUCCAUUUAAAGAUGGCAGAGUUUGUUAUGUUGAUGAAAAGGAUAAAAAUUUGCGGGAUAUUGCUCUAGAUUCUGUGUAUCCCAUGGUUGGUGGUGAAACCAUUGUCAAAGGAAAUUGGCUAGCAUUGGAAGGAAAGAUUUACAGUACAGAUAAAACAAAAGAAGAUAUUAAUAUUGAUCUUAAUGAGAGUGCAGGCAAUGAGAUCUGUUGCAAGGACAUGCCCCUGAUGAGUGGCGUUAGAGCAGAUCUUGGGCUCCCUGAAACGACAUUGGUGAUUGCAGUGCAUUCCCGAGGAGAAGGAUCACCAUUUAUCCAUUAUUUAAUUCUUAUUGGUUAUUAUGGCACCAACAUUUUUUUACCUCUUGUAUCCAUAUAUUUUAACGCUUUGCCAAUUUCUUCAUAUUUUUCAAAUAUAACACAUGCUUUAUUGAGCCACAGUAAACACCUGAGAAAGGUUGCAUUGAUGGAUUUGAGAUCAAAUAAUAAGCUCCAAGUUGUGUUGCCUCAUCUCAUUACUUUUUUGUGUUCGAAGAUAAAGUUGACAACUGCAAAAAAAUCAUUUUCAUCUGUGCUUGGUUUUGUUUUGCUGGCAAUCAAUGCUUUAAUUGAAAAUGAUUCAGUCCUUCUUGUACCAUAUAUAUUUGAAUUGAUGAAAAGUGUGUUAAUUGUUGUAUCAGAUGUAAAACUUUGUGUUGAAGAGUGGAAUAUUCAUCAUACUGCUGCUUUUGUUCUUGUUAAGAUAUGCAGCAAGUAUUCAGUGAUUCAUCCUAACCUAUUGUACCAACUUCUUAAAAUGUUAAAUGAAAAAUUGACCAGUGCACUCCCUAUUGAAAGUUUGUUUGGUGUAAUUUCUUCAAUUAAAUUCAUGGGAUACAAGGCAAUCAAUGAAGCUCUCCUACCACAUCUUAAAAAUCUGAUUUGCUACAUAAAUAGUGACUCAGAAGAAAAACAAAAUCUGCUUGUGCAAGAUUCUUUGUGUGAUGCUUUGGCUUCGUUAUUCAUUAAUGACUGUGCAAUAACAGAAACCUGUUUUUUUAGUACAUCAGACCUAUACAAUAUUUUAUAUGAACAAUACGGUGAGAGAUUUUUGUCACGCUGCUUGCAUGUAAAGCAUAUACACGCUGAGAAUAAAACAUCUAAAGUUUGGAUGACAUCUAAAAAUGGAAAUAAUUUGCAGAUUUUACGUCAAUCUAGUGGAAAUUUUGAUUUGAUUAAAGAAGAGCUUAAAAAAUUGAGUAAAGUUGAAAACAAGUUGUCACCUGAGAUAUUAAAAAUAUGCAAAUUGAAUGGUAGUAAAGUUAAAUUUGAAUUUUUUCGUAAACAAAAACUUUUUCAUCAACAAAAACUGUGUAAUAUUAUCCAAAUACCAGAGGAAAAAAAAGUUAUACUUAAAGUAAUGAAAGGAAAACAUUUGGCAUUGAAAAAAACAAAAGUGGAUUUUGCAAAUAUUUACAUUCCUAUAUUUUGAUUUUUGAAUCUGAUUUUAGUGAUCUUUAUUUUAAAGCAACUUUACAUGUAUAUUUUU